AAGAAAACGAAGAGACCGAGGAAGGAUUUGACUUAUCCGAGAGAAGCGACGCUCUCAACAGAUCCUGUCAGUCUGAUCGGAGCUUCGUCUUCUUCAUCGGCUGCUUCUCUGUUGAAGAAGGGGCUCCGAGACAGUAUCAGGCAAGUUCAGACGAAGCUCUGGGAGAGAGAGGGGAAGAUGCCUGAGAACCCUUCUUCAGCUUCAGCAGCCGAUCCGUCCCCCGCCGUCGUCAAGCGCUACGCUCCUCCGAAUCAGAGGAAUCGCUCUCUCGGCAGGCGCAAAUCGGGAGAGCAACUUGAUCGACCAAACAAUUUUGAUGUAAGUGAUGGAGAGAAGAAUCCCACAGCUGCUUCAAGGAACACCGCCAAUGAUCAGAGGGAUGCAGGGAGUAGCAACCUUCCGAAGGAAAACCCUCAUUCGGGAUUGAUUGCCUUAGAAGGGUGCUCUACCAGCGAAGCUUCUCGGCUUCUAACUGAUCGCUGGGAAGCUACAAUUCACAGCUGCAAUGAUUCAUCUAUAGAUUCAUCUGAAAGACCUGUUAUGUGCUCUGGAAGCAACGCGUCUGCAUGGGGACACAUCAAACUUCCUCAUCAGUUAAUAGCUCCAUCAGGUGUUGGAUCUCCCGGCUCCCAGAUGGACUUCUUGGGUGAACUUCGCCAGGCAAUGCGCAAUGCAAAUGCAGGUCUCUAGGUGUAGCAAUUUCACAUCCAUACUCAAGAUGAAAUUGGUUUUGGAUCUGGACAUAUUACAGCUUUCACUUCCAAGACAUUGGCAAGUUGUGGCAAAUGCCAUGCACGUCAGUUGGCUAACCUCCAUUUGUGGAGCUAAAUUAGGAUGCGUCGCUCGAAUACAUGAACAUAUAAAUAUGCUUUCCACUACUGUCUUCCCUGAUGGCAUUAGUGCUAACCGUUUUGAGUAGCUCAUUAUGACUUCCUCAUGCCCAUACCAAUGCCUCUGUGCAAGUGGUGUGCAUGCGUGCGCAUGGAGUAGGUAUCUGUUGUUGUUGUGUGUGUGCAAUCAUUUUGAAUUGAGUUUCUUUAACACAGUGAUUGAAAACUGUUUUAAGUUUUUUCUUGUCC